AUUCAGAAUCAAUCCACACAGCAAAAAGAUCGAUCAGAAGAAAUGACGACAAGUAGGCGGCUUUCAUGGCUCCCAUCCUCUGCUGUCCUUCUUCUAGUUCUUGCCAUGGCGUUUGCUGCUCAACUCACCCACGGUGACAGAGGAGGGUCGCUGCGUCCGUAUCAGUGCGCCGGAGCAUGUAGUUACCGGUGUUCGAAGACGCACCACAGGAAGCCGUGCCUCUUCUUCUGCAAAAAGUGCUGCGCAACAUGCUUGUGUGUUCCCUCGGGGACGUACGGCAACAAGGAGGAAUGCGCCUGCUACAACAACUGGAAAUCCAAACAAGGCAAACCCAAGUGCCCUUAAUUAAUUGAUUUCAUCAUCCCCCUUUUCCCAUCAUACACGAGACCAGUUGUCGUAACAAGUGGAGGCGGAGCUACGUAUAGUCUAGGAAUAGGAUAUAUAUAGGGCGUUGUAGUCGUUAGAUCUCUGAAUAAUUGAUCGUCGUAGGUCGUCUAUGUAUGAAAGUAUUAAGGCCGGGAAUCAGUAGAGAGUGGUAGAACAAUAGACUAUCGUUAGUCUC